AUGUUUUUGAACACGGCGUCUCCCCGGAGGUCGUUCAACGUCCCCAUUAACAUCAAUCUGCAGGGUGCACACAGACGUCAGACACGACACAAAGAGCUCCUAAAUCCAGCGGUGGCUCUGGAGCAGGAGGGCAGAAGAACAAUGGACCCUCACAGAGCACAGCGUGGUAGGCCCCCCCUCUCUGUGUGCAGCAUCGGGGAGGAAAGAGCAGUCCUGCUGGGCUUCACCAUGAUGGCCUUUGCUGUGCUCAUGUUCUGUGUGGUCGGAUUCACCAUCGUUAAGCCAUUCAUCAACAGUGAGUGGCAGAGCAGAUCCAACUGCACACUGGUGCACACCCAGGUGCUGCAGGAGUGGGUGAGCUGCAGAGGCGUGAGCAGCGUCCCCUGUCUCAGAGCCACAGUGAACCUGAGCGGGACGACUGUGGGGCUGCUGCACUUCGAUGAGGAGGCAGUGCUGCUCACUCCAGAGUGUUUUUAUGUUCCUAAAUGUCAUCUGGACCCUCACACUCUUGCCUCAGAAGUGGAGGAAGUGAAAAGGAGCUUAGACGAAUACAUGGGAAGGACCUUUACCUGCAUAACUGACCAAUCAGAGCAGCCCAAAGAUGGGAUCCUUGGGCGAAAGUUCUCCUUGCAGACAGUCCUGCUGGCUCUGCUCUGGCCUUGUCUGAUGCUGGGGGGCGGGGUUUUGCUGGUGGGCCUGGUCAAACUCACACAGUACCUGUCCAAUCUGAGCAAUGCGAAAGCACUCGACACACAAUCUAAACUCAACACACUGCUCAGGAGGUCCAGCCUCCUGUCAUUAGACUGA